AUGGUGGACCCGGUGGCGGACCCGGGCGAGGGGAAAUGCGCCGCGGAUGCCGGAAGCGCAGCGAGUGGAGAAGAGGCCCCGGCGGCCCCGGCGGCGGAGGCAGCAGCCGCCCUGCCGGCAGCAGCGGCAGCCCCUUCGGAGAAACUCCGCGAGGAGUCGCCGAUGCUGCACCUGGACCUGUACAACUUCGACUGCCCGGAAGCCGAGGGCAGCCGCUACGUGCUCACCAGCCCCCGCUCGCUGGAAGCCUGCGCCCGCUGCGCCGUCAAGCCGGUGGAGCUGCUGACCAGAUCCCUCAGCGAGCUGGUCAAAGAGGCCCCCGGCAGGUCCAUGCGGGUGGCCGCCGGCCUCUACGAGGUCUACGAGAUGGACCGGCAGAGGAAGCUGCAGCAGUGCCGGGAGGAACGGGAAAGGAUUAUCCGCGAGGAGAAGAGGCGCCUCUUCACGCCCCUGCUGAUUGGCAGCCUGCCUUCCUCGCCGGCCUCCAGGGUGGCCUUCAGAAGCACAGCGGCCAGUGGGAGCUGCAGCCCAGCAGGACGGCCCAGGGCCGGCCCUCCUCCCACCUCUGGUGGCACCAGGACCAAGAAGAGCCACUCCCUGGACUCCUUGCAGAAGAGGAGAGAAGGCUUCUCCGCCAAAACCUCCUCUGACUCGGGGGCCUCCUCGUCCUACAGCGGAGACAGUUUUAGGGACAAAUGGCCCAAGGAGCUGCCCAGGACUAAGACGGUGGCCACCAUGACUUCUUUGGUGGGUCGAAGCUUCAGCUUGGGCGACCUGAGCCAUUCUCCCCAGACCACCAAGAAGGUGGAGAGGAUCGUCAAGGAGGUGAAGAAGAAGAAAGGCCUCAAGGAGGUGUCUGAGAGGGACCGGAAGAUCGCCGCCCUGAUGAUAGCCAAGCACCAGGAGGAGAGCAUCCUCAACGAGCAGAGGUACAGCGCCCACCUCCAGUGGGACAUCCAGCGGCGGCAGGCGGAGCUGCGGAGGGAGCAGGAGGAAAAGGAGAAGCAGAGGGCCUUGCUGCAGUGCCACCAGAUGUGGGAGUCCAGGCUGGAGAAGCGGCGCUGCAAGCUGAGCCACGAGAAGGAGGCGGCUGCCCUGCUGAAGCAGAAGCAGAGCUCUGUGGAGGAGGAGAAAUGGCGGGAUCAGCUGGAGAAGCAGGACAGGAUGAAGAGAGAGAGACUGGAGAAGGCCACCCUCGAAGACAAGAAGAAGAAGCGCCACCAAGAGCACAACCUGAAGGCGCAGGAGGAGGGCAAGAAGGAGAGCGUGGAACGGGAGGUCAAGCUGCUGCAAGAGAAGCUGUCCUUGGCAACCCAGAAGAAGCUGAAGAAGGAGCAGCUGCUGCAGCAGGAGAAGAAGCUGCUUAACCAAGCCGAGAAGCGGAAGCACGAGGCCAUACUCAAGGAGCUGGCCAGGCACGAGGCUGAGGAGAAGGCCACGCUGCGGGCCUCCCUGGAAGGGAGCUGGAGCAAGGCUCAAGAGAACUAUGAGCAGCUCACGGAGAAAAGGAACCAGGAGCUGAGGGAGAGAGCCAAGCGGGAGGAGCAGCAGAGUCAGCGGGCCAAGCUGGCGACGGAGAGGAGGGAAAGGGAGCAGAAGGAAUACCUGAAGGCCUUGGCCAAAACGUCUGAGAGGAAGCUCCAGCACGCAGCACAGGUGGCGGAGGAAGUCGUCCAGCAGAAAGCCCGCAAAGUGGUCCAGAGCCGGAUGGAGAAGGAGAAAGUGCAGAAAGUAAACAAGAGGAAGGUAGAACAGUGUGAAGAUAUCCGGCGCAGGGAAAUCCUGCUCUCAAUUGAGAAGAAGCUAGAAAGGAGUGAACAGAUUUGUAAGGAGAAAAAAAACGUCUUGGAAAAUGCCAGGUCUGUCGCUCGGGCAUCUUUCCAUGUCCGGGAAAAAGUACGGGAAGAGAUGAACAUGCGCACCUUUGACAGGAUGGCCUUUGAGGCAGAAUUGCAGGCUGGCUUGGUUAAAAAAUAGUCUUUUCUAUUUCCGAUUGAGUGGGAAUAUAACCUCUGAUGCCCAUUGUGAAAAGUUUUGUUUUUUUAAAAAAAAAAACUUUAGUUAUUAUUUCAGAGGAGCACACAAACUCUGGCAGCUACUUCAUUUUCCAAAAUGCUUUUGUUAUACAUUUUUAAAACUCUGUUUCAACCACCCCACAGAGAAAAAGAUGUAUCCCAUCCUUUGUUGAACAAAACAUUGUUUACAAGAAAUAAAACAGGAACAAACACAUUUUUUACAACUGAGUGCCACAGUAAAACAUCUCCAAAAAGUCAAGGGCCAUUUCAAUUCCCCCUGCCCAACUGAUCAAAUAUCAACUAAUUUCAUUUUGACACCCCCAGGGCUUAAUUUGGACGCCAUUUGCUUUGGAUCAGGAUGUAGAAAUGCAUGCUGGAACUUGUGCUCUCUAAUACUGGAUGUCCAUAUUUAAGAUGAGUUUAUUUUGUGGUGUUUGGCCAAUAUAGUGCACUUUAUCCAUGCUGUUGGGAACACUGGGGCUUGUAAACAUAACUUUUUAAAAAACCCAAUUCAGGUAAAAUUCUGAUUAGUCCUGAUCUGUGACCCAAAAACAAUGUUCAGAAACUCUUGUUCAAAUAAAAUGAC